GUCCCUAGUACUGCCAGUGCUGGCCAAGUACGAGCGGUUGAAGGGCAGCCCCCUUUUAUUGUCUGAGUUGAUGGUCAUCAUUGACAUGCUACCUGAUCCAGCUGCUUUGGUAUCUCACUUCUUCAAAGCAGUUACACUCGACCCAUUCGGCUCUCCAGUCUUCAACUCCACACCGGCCCUCUUCUCCCAAUUCUUCAAAAGUUCCGUAUGAUCCGCGGCCGGCUCGCCCAACAUAUCCAUAGCGUCCCUGAAAUAUUUGAGGAUCAAAUCCGGCAUGUCGGUGUCGAAGCCGAUCUUCUCAAACAGUUCCUUGGAAAUACCCACAUCCUUGAUCAACAGCGCCAACUGAAAGCCCGACGCAUACUUCCGCGGCAAGGCGUCAGUGGCAUAGCUGUCGGUGGUGGAAAAGUUGCGGCCUGUGCCCACAUUGAGCACGUCGAUCAUUUGUAUUGGGUCUAAGCCGAACUUUUGGCCCGUUAUAAGAGCGUCGGAAAGCGCCACGAUCGACGCCGCGCUGAUGUAGUUGUUCAGCGUCUUCAUGGCGUGUCCGGACCCCAGCUUGCCCAUGUGGAACACGUAUUUGGCCAUCGCCUGCAGGACCGGAAGGACUCUGGCCAUGGCGUCUGAAGAGUUUGAGCCGACCAUUAAUGUCGCGUUGCCGGUGUCGGUGUCGUGCAGGUGGGCUUGAGUUACGGGCGAGUCGAUCAGUACGAAGCCCAAUGAGGCCAGGUCUUCGCCGAGCCGCUGCGUGUCGAAUGGGGAUGAGGAUGAUGUGUCGACUAUGAUUGCGCCUGGUGGUCAAAUGAAUGGGCGUCAGUCGAUUGCUGAAGCCCAGGCCUGGAUGCUGUUGAGGGAGAACGAUGUUGUUUGAUUUGAGUGCUCCAGGGACCAAACUCGCUUGGAUCUCGGCUGCAAGAAGACCGCUUACCUGGCUUCAAUCCCUUGGCAAUUCCAUUCUCACCCAAUACCACCUCUCUGACCACCUUCCCUUGAGGCAACAUGGUUACGACGACAUCGCAAUCUUCGAAACCAUAAGGGCCAGCUUCGGCAACCACCGUAUUGGGAUUAUCCUGUGCGAAUUUCUGCUCCCGAGCAGGGUCGGCGUCUCUCACAACCAGAUGGAAACCCGCUCUCGGCAGGUUCGACGCCAUAGACGCGCCAGCCUUGCCCAGGCCGAUAUAGCCCACUGUCUUGACAGACAUUUUGCCUUUGGAUAUUAGACUUUGGCGCAAAUGCGGCGAGGCUUGAGCGAAACCGUGUUAACUCACCGCUAGAAGGCGAAACAGCAAACCGCUGGAUUCUAGGUACACACGUCUGUGUUUACGACACUUCAAAUAAACCUACAGCCAUUUACUUAACUUUUCGUCCCCUGGUCAUCUCGGGAUACGGCACGAGCGACAAGAGGCCCAUAGAGUCCAACUCGGCUCCAGGAAAGACCAAACAUGGGAACCACUGCGCAUCAACGAUCUCCCACAGUUGAUCCCAUUACGGAAAGGGGAAAUGAGGGGUAGCAAGACACAAAGGAAUAAACACCGAUGAACACCGGCUGUUGUUGCAAACGGUCCUACUACUACCGAAGCACUUCAGCGGGUACAACAGCAUCAAUCAUGUGCUUGACUUGACCUGGGCCUAAACUUCGGCAGCUGUGAUCACCGGUAGGCCCCGCGAAAGGAACCAGUUCCACGACCCCUCCAACACCAACUCACACAGAUCAGAUAGGAGAUGUCCCAGCAUCCUAAGCAGAAAGGGGCACGGAUCAUAUCCUGAAUUUUAAGUGUGCUUCCGCUCCUCGCUCCAAGGGCCAGACAGACCCAUCUUCGCGAUCUGGCAGGAAACGACAGACUCCCACGACGCGAUGUCUAGCCAAAGGAUUUUAGAUCGUGAAAUGGGUUUCUCCCCGAGCCACGCCAGUUCAAAAAUCGUAACCCUAGCGUUGCAGUCCCGCGAUUGGAAUCCCUGGAGAGACAAGAAGGAGCCGCGGCACACAUCUUCAAAGUUUAGGUUUUGGCUGGCCUUGCUGGGUCUUUUCCGACCUUCCCCAGGGUGGGAGUAUCCCGCCCCCGUCUUGAGUUUGUACCCCGGCACCAAAGACGGAGAAAGAGAGAAAAAAAGGACUCGUGGUCAGCUGUCAAUAGACCAAUGACUGGCCCCAGAUCCGAACCUUAGCACAAUGUUAUGUUCGGAAAACUACUCCACAACCUGAACUUUGAACCACAGACAAGUUGCCUUCGGAAGCCGGCAUCUCGUUUUCUCAAAGGUCUACCAUUACCCCCUGGGGGAUAAUGACACGGCGCCCCGAACACGAAAGCUGGCUGCUGAUAAUAAUGCAACCUCUCACAGGUAGGUACUGGACAUCCAGUAGGUAUGCAUGGCUUUGGUCCUGGCACGCCUUUCCCCCAACCCUAGUCGGCGGCUCCGCCGUAUCGUCUCUUCCGUCUCCCGAAACAAAAUGGGGUUUAUCCCCCUUGAUCAUCCUGGUUUGGUCUGAACAUUCAGAUUCUUGGGACACUGGCAGACAAGUGUACACUACUGCACUACAUUGUAAUUCUUACAGAAGCAAAAAGGUUUAAGGCACUUCGCUGUCGAAUUUCUUACUAUUGAAUUGACGGAUUAAGAUCGCAUUGUUGCGCAGGACAGAUACUACCCACGAGAAGUUCGCGCGGCACAGUGGUGGUUAUUGAUCAGACCGCGAAAAACGCCGUUGGUGGAUUCGCAUUCGACAAGUUUAAUUCAAAUUUCAGCAGGAUCUAGGAUCCCACUCGCGAUAUAAUCCUGGUGUUGCGUUCAAGAGUGUCUGGAUUUGUUCCAUGAUGGGGUCGAUAGGAGGCGAGCGACCUCUAAAAGUCAUCAUCGUGGGAGCCGGUCUGGGAGGAUGUGCGACCGCACUGGCAAUGCACAGCGCCGGGUUCGAGGUGGUCAUGUUCGAAAAAGUCCGAGAAUUCCUACGGCUAGGCGACUCGUUAGGACUGGGCGAAAAUGCAUUGAAGCUGCUGGAUCGGUGGUCCCCUUCGCUCCGAGCGCGUCUGGUGGAAAUCGGAAACAAGUCGGAACUCAUGCAGAUACGACGGUGGCACGAUGGUAAGAUUUUGGCGCAGCAGCCGCUGAUGGAUAUGGCGGGUUUCAUUGGCCAUCGGGGAGAUUAUCAUAAGGGGUUUCUGGAUGCUGUUGCGGAGAAGGGGAUUCCUUUGCAUAUGGGGAGUGAGGUGGUCGAAUACGACGAUACAGUCCCCUCCGUGACAUUGAAGAACGGCGAACGACAUACGGCGGAUGUCAUCAUUGCCGUUGAUGGAAUAAAAUCCCGCGCCCGCGAACUCGUCCUCGGCUUCGACGACAAACCCAAAUCCAGCGGAUACGCCUGCUUCCGAGCCUUUUUCAAGGGCUCCCACCUCCGCGGCGACCCAUUAACCGCCGAAUUCGUGGAACAAGAAUGCGUCAACAUCUGGAUCGGCAAGGACAAACAUUUAGUCCAAAACACACUGCGCAACGGCGAGGAAUUCAACUGGAUCAUCACGCACAAGGACACCGAAGACAUUAAAGAGUCCUGGUUUCAACCUGGUAACAUGGAAGAAGUGAGGAGACUCGUCGAAGACUGUGAUCCGCGCAUUGCCGCUGUCGUCCGCAAGACCGAGUCGUGUCUCGAUUGGAAGAUUUGUUAUCGUGACCCGAUCCCGACUUGGGUCAGUAAGAACCAUACUGUGGCUCUUGUUGGGGAUUGCUGUCAUCCCCAUUUGCCGACUAGUGCGCAGGGCGCUAGUCAGGCGACGGAGAGUGCGGCCGUCCUCGCGCAGUGUUUGCUGUUGGCGGGGAAGGGGAAUGUUGCUUUGGCGACGAGAGUGUAUGAGAAAAUACGGUUUCCUCGCGUUCGGCGUGCACAGACGAAUGGUGAAGAUCUCCGUGAUCGCUGGCAUACGGCGCUGGAUAAGGUUGGUGAUGGGGAGGAGAUUGAUCCGGAUAGUAUUUUGAUCAAGAACAAUGUUCUCUACGAUUAUGAUGCCGAAGCGGAUACUAUUAAGCGGUGGCCAGAGUUGUCGGCGCAGGUGGCUGAGGAGUUGAAAACGGGGAAGAUCACACCGUUGUGUUGAUGGACGGGAAUUGUGUUGGGUCGAAUUGAGUACUACUAAUAGUACUAUCCAGUGGUUGUUGGAUUGUGGACUGUUGGACAGUUGAACUAGAGGAACGAGCUGAACGAACGGGUUUGAACUGGUUGAACCUACAGGAGUUCCUUCGUGUCCACUGCAGUCACUGGUCAGGCUUCGAUGGGCCCAAGGUCGGUAGUUAGGGGUAUGAUAAUUUAAUAUCGAUCAUUUCAACCCGCA